UUAUAUCGCUAUACAAUUUGCAAAGAACAACUUCGCGACGACCAUGGCGAGCUCAUCGCCAACUGUGUACGUUUUCGACCGUCGCAAAGGCUCUGAUCCAGCACGGGAAAUCACUCUUGAUGAUGUCUGCAGUUUUGCUGAUUUCAAAGAGUUAAUCAAGAAAGAGUUUGGAAUCCCAUAUGAUGGAGAGUUUGUCAUUGCUACCACCAACAGAGAUGAGAUCAAUACAGAUGAGACUUAUGAGGAGCUUGUGGAGGAUGGAGACACUCUCUUACUGCUUGUGCACCUUAAACAGGACUUGCUGGCCCCUACCCAGGAGAGGGUGGAUUACCAACCCCACUAUGACACCAUCAUCAGGAGUGGCAUGUAUGAGUACUAUGCCAGCGAAGGACAGAAUCCACUACCAUUUGCAAUUGCAGAACUGAUAGACAACUCACUUUCAGCCACGGUGAAAAACGUUGGACCAAGAAACAUAGAAAUCAGAUUGUACCUGGAAGAAACAGGAGAUAAGAACAUGGUCUGUAUUCUUGACAAUGGCAAAGGCAUGACCACCAGGGAACUCAACAACUGGGCCAUCUUUCGACUCUCUAAAUUCAAUCGCAAGAGACAGAGACUAGAACAAGGGAACAAUAGUGAUGGAGACAGAGACAUUCCCAAAUCGUUAAACAGUGACAUCUCAUUCUUUGGAGUAGGAGGAAAGCAAGCAGUGUUUUUCAUUGGUGAUUCAGCCAGGAUGAUCAGUAAACCCAAAGGUUCUAGGGAUGUUCAUGAGAUGACGGUAUCAAAGGAAGAGUUUGAAAGGAGAGAGAAGAACAAAGAAGACAUCUACGGAGGCAUCAUCCAAAACAGACAGCCUGGCGAGGGCAGCCACGUAUCACCAGGAAAUGAGAACCUGCAAAAACUGAUCGAAGAAGAAAAAGGCCAGGAGAACUUCACCCACGUUGUCAUCACCAGUAUCAAGUCACAACACAUCAAGUUCAUCAAAGCAGACUUCAACAGAUGGAGCAGACAGCUGGCACACAUCUACCACUACUACAUCCAUGGACCACAAGGCAACCAGUCCCACCUAUCCAACUCCAUGUACCGUACGCCAAGCCCCUACGAGAACCUUAACAUCAGCAUUACAAUGUACAAGAAGGGCCAACUGCAUCAGCAGCUCAACCUCAGAGACAUUAAUGACGACCUCCAAUCCAACUUCAUCAGGUCUGCCAAGGACACGUUUGAUUUCCGUGUUUUGGUAGAAGGAACUGGAUUGGUAGAGGGCGUGCUUCGAUAUCAUCCAUUCCUCUUCGACAAGGAGUCAUAUCCAGUUGACGAUGGCUCAGUACCUGAGGAAGUCGAUGACGAAAGUGAUUACAACAAAGAUAGACCUGCGAGGGGUAGCAAAGCCAUAUUUGAGUGCUACUGGAAUGGAAGGCUUAUUCCCUAUACUCUGGUCCAAGAAUUUGACUGGUGUGCCGUGCCAAAGAAACUGGUCGACAUUCCUGUCGAGUGCUACAACAGGGUAUCUGGUACCCUCUUUGCUAACAGGAAGUUUGAGGUCAGCACGAACAAACUUACUUUUAUUGACCUUGAGAUGAAGCUGAAGGAUAGAUCGAACGCAGUCUUUGAGAGAGUUGUUGGGGGUAAGUCUCUCAGAGUGAAUAUUGACGAAGCGUUCUACGGUUGGCUGGACCACUGUCACGAGACCCAUGACAAACAGGUCUGGUUCCGAGACUACGUGGGUAACAUCACGAGGCAAGGUCUACCCAAGACAAAACAAGGACCCUGGGCUGUGUUUAAGACUGUGGUAUGGGAUGGGAAGGUGUAUACCACAGGUCAACAGGUUCGAAUCUUGCGGACAAAUCCAGUUGUUUAUGGGUCAGUAAAACGGUUCUUGUUGUUCGGAGACUUUGGGAAUGAGAUUCAGAAUAGGUCGCUGUUUGCAACGGGAGGAGAGUUCGAAAUUGAGCAGGAGCCUAGAUUGUUGUACAACGAGACAAAGAGCUACCAUCUCAGGAGGCUGGACAGGUUAGCUGAUGAGGGCCAGAUAAAGAAGGCCAUCGAUGAUGAAGAAGGAAAACUUCCAGAGGUUCUUGUCAUAUCUUGGCCUAAGGCAAAUGAGGUCCAUGCAGGAGAGAAACGACCAGCUGGGAAACUCAUAGGUGAAAUCAAAGCUGAGAUCCACAACAGGAAAGGUCAGUCCAUGUCAAGGCUUCCUGGAGUUCAGCAUAACUCUAAGAAACUCAUGGUGGAGUUGAAGAUCAUUUGGCAUUCCGAUUGCGGUGACAAGGUGAUAGUAACCCACAUGGGUCAACAUCACAAGACAUGGGCAUACUCCUUCAAACAGAUGGACAUUGUCGGGAACAUAGGUCCCCAUACCCUGAUCCUGCAGGCAGUACUCAGGGAUGAAGGAGCUACUGACCUCGGAGGACGCCCUCUGCCAUGUCACAAGAUCAAGUUCACAAGUACAGAGGGCCCAUCAAGCAAGUUUAGCAUUGAUAUCCUGGAUCCGCCGUUCAGGGUAGACGUCCCAUUCAACAUCCCUCUUCUGCUACAAGACGAGUUCAAUAAUCCCACCAAGCCAACGCCUAACCUCAAACCAGUACUCGAAGCGAGUGGCCUUGUCAUGAGCUAUGAGAAGGUGGAAAUCGAGGGCAACUCUCUUAUAGUGAAAGAAGUGAAGGCAUCCGGGGUCGUUGGAUCGGCUCAAGGAAAGAAGUUCAACAUGACCGUGACGAUACCUGGACUGGAGAUCCCCACUCAACAACUAAAGAUCAGAAUCUUGCCCGGUGAGCCACACAAGAUCAUUGUGCCAACGUUUGAAGGAACUGGUGACCUCUGCAUAGAGAAUGGCAAAGAGUUUCCUAUAUCUGUGGAGAUCAGAGACAGAGCAGGGAACUUCUCUGUGCACCAAAAUAUUGAAGUCCAGUGCGAGUUUCAUGGUGCGGAUGGGUUGCCUUCAUACAGAGCAGACUGCAGUAACUCAGGAAAGGUUACUCUUACUGGAAACCCUAUCUUCAUCAAGAACAUCUCCAAGAAAUCUCACGAGAUCACUGCCAAAAUUGAACUACCGCACAUGAAAGGAGUCAGCUCUGUAGAGAAAGUCAUUACCGUCAAACCCAGCUCCAGCGCCUGUAAGAUCAAGGUAUUCUUCUGUAAAGAUGACCCAGUCGAGAUAAAACCCCAAGAAGACAUUGAGUGGACGGCCGGACAGAAUACAUCACACAUGCGUUUUACUCUGUAUGACGAGGGUGAAAACCAGAUGAAGAUCACCAAGGAACAGGCAAGCAAAUUCAAGUUCACCUGGUUACGCACCUUCGACACCUCCACCGUCAUGGAGGGGAACUUGCCCCCUAUCAAGGUCCCAAAAUCGGUGGGAGAUAUCAAGUUCUGUCAGCUGAGACUCACAGAUGGAUCGGGCCUGGAGUUUUCCUUCAACAUCAAGCCAAUCCCUGGCGAGGCCAAGCACAUCAAGUGUCAAAGCAAAAAAAGUGUAAAGGUGAAGCUUGGAGAGAUCUUGGAUGGUGAUAUUGUCGUCCAUGUCACUGAUGAACAUGGGAACAUUAUAAAGAAGCUCCCUCAUGAUUCCCUGAGCAACCUCAGUGUGAAGGCAGAAGAUCUAGACACCAAAGUCCUGCAGAAAACCCUUCUACCUAAUGUGGGCUUCAGUCUUGGGGAUAUCAAGUUUGACGGUUCAAUAGUAGGGGACAGGCCGGUCUUGGUGAAAUACAACGACUUCACAGAUCUCAUCAGUUUAGAGGUGCUUCCUGGCCAACCGGCGCAGCUGCUUGUGAUGGGCUGGAUGCCAGAGGAGACACUGAUAGCAUAUGACGGCGCCAAGAUCAACAAUCCAUUGGGCUUUCAAGUUUGUGAUAAAUCUGGCAAUCCUAUCUCCGAUGUCACCACACCUAUCUCACUGCAGUAUGACAAGGCAUUAAAGGUAUUGUCAACCGCGUCACUGACAGCAAUGCCAUUCGAAGGUGGUCAAGUGACUUUCGGGAAACUUACCUUAUCCGGUCCCUAUGGGAAGUACAUGCUACAUGCAAAGAUGUCCAUGGAAAGGUCAUCCCUAAUGAGUUCUGGUCUCGCUGUCCAACUCAAGCCAGAUCCCAAUAAGGCACAAAAACUUCAGUUGGACUACAAAGAGGGGAGUGUCUACAUUGCUGGGGAUCAUUUUCCAGAUUUUGACAUCUCUGUAAUUGCUGCUGAUGAAAGCACCAUGACCAACAUCCCUCACAAGAUCUCCAUGAGGUUGUGGGAGUCUGCUACCAACGAUCAACACUUGGGACCGCCACCAACGAGGGCACAAAUUAUAGACAUGGACAAGCCAAGUGAGGAGGAUAGGGAAGGACAUUUCUACUGCAGAAAACACAAGCUACCCCAAGAGGCCCGCAUGCAUUGGAUCAUCUUUCAAGCUUCCCUAAAUCAAAAGAUGCUCUACUCUGAACCGAUUGGGUUUGACAUCCAGCCUGGUCCACCAGUGAAACUGAACCCAGAGGUAACCCCGCCCACUCCCACGGUAUCCGAUACACCGCGAGCACACAGCAGGAUUAUCAUCAAAGCUCUCAAGCUACAGCUCGUGGAUGAAUUUGGGAAUGUGACUGGCAAAGGUUUGACAGGUAACAUUGAAGUUCAUAUGAAGGGAAAAGAUGGAGCGGAACUGCCUAAAUUCCAGGGCAAUAGGAGUAUGAUGCAGUUCCCGCUGGAUAACGGCAUUGGCUCCAUACAGGAUAUUCUAAUCCAAGAGAACACGCCAGGACAUGAUGGAAGUGAGUACAAAUUACACUUCAUACUGAAGAGCAAGGGACUUGUAGUGAUGCCGUACAUUCAGCCAUUUCUGUUUUAUAAAGAUUCCGAGAAGCAGCAACGGAUGUCUCAGCUGUUCAAGGAGAGAGACACACUCAGUGCUUCUAUCAAGGCGUACAAAGGGCAGUUUGAAAAGGAACAACAGCAUCUACAGAUGUUGAAAGAAUCUGCUGAGGAUGCUGCUAAGGAUGAGCUCAAGUUAGGAAAAGAGUUGAGACUACUGGGAGUGAUAUUCUUGGAUGCACAGAUAGCAACGAGAAACGGAGCAGAAGAGUUAAUGACUUCUACUAAAAAGAAAAUUGAAGAGCAACCAAGAAGGAAAUGCGGGAUGCCGCGAUAUGAAACACAGGAUGGUGAAAUACUUGGAAAGGUAGCACACCUAGUUGAGGUAGAAGAUGAGAAUGUUGCCUAUGUGUUAUCGUGGCAUAUGGCCCCAGAUAUGGACUGCGUCCUCACCACCACAGUCGCUAAAGCUAAGGAAGUCUUUGCAAACACAAGAGAGUGUCAACAGGUUCUACCCAUUGAGUCAAUCUACAAGAAAGGCCUGACUGAGUGGGACAAGCCUCUACCACACAUGGGAGUUCCCAUCAAGCAGGGUCAAACCCCAUCAGGAAACCCUGUAUAUGCAAGGCACCUUUUAAGGUUUACAGGUCAUGAAGAGCAUUGUAAGAUAGCCUUCAGUCUCUUGCUACAAGAUACCGUACUCUUAGAUACUCUGAAUGACGCAACCGCAUACAGACAGUCAAUUGUGAAGCACAUUCCCUGCCCCACGCUCCUCACCCGCGAUGGCAAACGUAUCCGUGGCAACGGAAAGUUUGGAGGACGUGAGAACCAAUGUCCAUCGGACCUUCUGAAAAUGGGUCGUGUCUUUGGGGAACCUCCUCCCAAACAGUUAGAAUCACUGAAGGAGCAGAUGGCAAUCCUCGAGAAGAUCAUGAAUGCCAUAAUGAGUCGUGAGCAGGCUGAGGUAAAGUACAAGGACCAGGAGGCAGCCCUAAGAUCAGGGGAUAUAGUUGCCAAGCAACGUGCUUGCCAGGAGGAUGAAGAACAGCUUGCCCUUAUCAACCAGAAACUCAAUGAAGCUUCGGAUGAAGCUUCAAGCACAGAUCAUUCUCCGAUUCCAAUGUCCAUCGCAUCUUCCAACUCAACAGGGCAGUCUAGUGCCAGAGGAAUGAAGAGACAGGCAGCACCCUCUGUGCAUGAGAGUCUUCCAACCAAACGAAGGAAACCCUAAUGGCAUGACCCCUCAUUCAGCUGUGAUGUGUGUGCUGCCUACACCCCCCCCCUCCACCAUUCCACACUGCCAAUAUACGUCAAUACCUAUAUGAAGAACACUAAAUGUCAUUUGUGUGCUCUCAUAUUAUCUAUAAGAUUUUUGUACUGGAAACCCAAAUCCUUGUAAGAAUUUUGAGCAUACCACUUAAUUAUAAUAAUGGCCAUUUAUAACUCGCCAUAUCUGUCAACUUGACACUCCUGGCGCAGGAUAUGAGAAAAUGAUGUUGUUACUACAGUACAGUCUUGGCAUAAAUUAAAAAAGAAGUACAUUACAGUAACCCAAACAGAGUUAAGCGUUGAAAAAAAAAGGUUUUCAGUUGUGAUUUGAAGUUGGUGAGGGAGCUUUCCUGCCAACGGCUAGGAAGGAGCGUGUUCUAAAGGUAUGGCCCUGAAACAGAAAAUGAUUGGUGUCCCCAGGAACGCUGUGUUCGUGAAAUGUGCGAGAGCCUGGUGUUGGUGGAGCGAAGUUGUCGUGCAGGUUGUUACGAUGAGUGAAUUUUUGGAUGUAUGUAACAAUAACCUAUGAACAUGGUAAGAGAGGCAAACUUACAAUAUAUACCCUGAGAUCAUUUCAUAGAUGUAUCUGUUUGUAAAUUUGAUAUUAAUGUUUGUAUAUUGAUAACUGCCAUUAAAAUGAAUCGAAUCGAUAUUUUUUAGAUGUUGUCUGUAUGGAUCCACAAGGACGUUAACACAGUGUAAAGUGUAUGCUCAAGUAUAUGAGCCAUUGCCUUUGUGCAUUUAAACAGUUGCUUUGUUUAUAUCUAACUUGUUAUUCUUUGAUAUGUGUUUAAACUUUCUAUAUGUUUGCUUUUUAAAAAUUAUUAUUGGUACUUGAGGGCCUCGUCGGUCAGAUAGACUGAAAUCCUGUUUUCCAUAUUACUUUCCAUGCAUGUAUAAACUGGUCAUUGUGUCUGCUGAGAGCUGGGAGGGCGUAAUUUUAUUUAUUGCUCUCAGCAGAAGAAAUAUAUCAUGACAAUUGACAAAUGUAUCAUUAUCUUGUGACCUGUAUAGAAGGUUCACCUAUCCACAAAGGCCGGUGAUACUGAAUCCUCAAUCACUUGUGCAGUUGGCCACGUGUAAAGAGGCCUUCCGUUUGUUCCUUUCUUUCAUAAAUCGUAGUAAUGUUGAGAUGUACAUGUAGCUGUCAUUAUUUACAAUCUUUUCACCAGCAAUAUAAUUAUUUGUGUUUAUAUAUACCUAUCCUUUUUAUGUUUAAUGAAAGAAUACUACCAUACUGGGUUGCACUAACUUCUGGUACCUUCUGCAAACUUUGUAUUUCUUUUUAUUCAUAUUUCUUUUGGCAACAUCUUUUUUUGUUGACAUGUAGGAAUGUUUUGAUAGGCUGUAGAGCUAUAAUUCUCUUAGGAGUGGUAAAGAGAUAAGGGCCUUUAUGUCAGUAAGAUAGUAUUCGGCUGGAGCCAAAAGCGCAUUAACUCGUAUAUUUAAAAAACCAGGCCUGUAGGAUUGUCGGGAAUUCCUUCAUGAUAGUAUUAUUAUAGGUCUUCAUCAACCCGGGAAAGGGUCAUGUUAGGACUGAUGGGAUUUUAGUUCACAAAAAUAUGGGCAUGGUUAACAGAUGCUCGUCUUUUGUAAUGAGCCUCAAACAUUUUAUUUGGAUAGGCGCACUAAUUUGGUCCGAAUGUAGGAUGCGAUGCGGUCUUGGGCGGGGCACGUGUUGUGUACUGGUAGUAUUUUUGGUGUGUAGGGCGUGUCACGUCACUUUGCAACUUUAAGUCGAGGUGCCUGCAACGUCAACGCUGGGCUCCACACCAUAUUCGUUGCUCAUCAUGUUGAUGGUGUACUCUUGUUUCUGGUCACUGACCUGAGGUAAGCAUCUUGUAUAUGUAUAUUGUAUUAAAUGAUCCAGUAAUUUUGUCGAGAAAUGUUCUGUGUGAUUGUAUACAUGUUUUUUUUAUUUAGAUAUAACUCGAUCAUUCAUAGUGAUGUUACAUUUUAGAGUUUGCUGGCAUAAACUGAGGAUAUUUCUAGACCAAGUUGUUUCUGUUUGAUAAAAGAUUCGUGAGGUUUAAAGGUAAGACAAAGUGAUUCUUUACAAUUUUGAUAUAUUUAGAAGCCCUUGUGCAUGUAUUUUCGCCACUAAUUUUUUUUGUAGUCAAACGGGAACAGCCAAUCGGUUGAUUUUAGUCAAGAAACAUUGUUUUAUAGCUAAAUUAAUAUCUUG